AUCCAUGGACGCGUGACAGCGCGACACGAAUUAUGGGAGAAUUGAUGUACCAUCUUCGUGCUGGCUGUGGCUGUGGCUCUCUGGCUGUGGCUUUCAUGUCAUAGGCUGCUGCUGCUUCCACUAACUGUUGAUCCAGCGAUUAUCAGCGUAGUUAAGUGGGGUUACUGGCUGGUGCGAGACGUCAUUAAAUAGGUGCACACAAUCCGGGCAUACACAUAACUACAUACUUACAUACCUACAAACCUCCCACAGCAUCUCAGCAAUGGCAGACAUCCCCCUCACUCCAUCUCUGCUCUCCUCACUCGCCGGCCAGACCGCAUUCAUCACAGGCGCCGCCUCAGGUAUCGGCCUCGCAACCGCCCUCCUCCUGUUGCAGCACGGCGCAAAGGUCGCCCUCGCGGACCUUCCCGGCACCCGCAUAGAAGCGACGUCCGCGCUUCAGGCGCUCGACAAGGCGCAGCUGGACCGGGCGUUCCUGGUCGAAUGUGACAUCACAGACUGGAAGAGCGUGAGCGGGGCAUUUGCAAAGGCGAAACACUGGGCGGGCAAGAUCGAUGUUGUGGUUGCGAACGCGGGCGUCAUGGAGACCGAGCCGUUCUGGGACUUUGCUAGCAUCGAAGAGGAUGAUGAGCAGAGGGAGGCCGAGUGUCGCGAGCCGGUCGAGGCGUAUCGCGUUGUAGAUGUGAAUCUGAAGGGCACGAUGAAUACAAUCCGCCUCGCCAUGUUCCACAUGCGCUCCAACCCGCCAUCCGCAUAUGACGGCUCACGCGGCUCUGUCGUCAUGACCGCCAGCACGUCCGGCUACUUUGGUGGCACAGGCGUGGUAUCAUACAUUGCAUCUAAGCAUGGCAUUAUUGGGCUGCUGCGCUCCUCUCAGCCCGCGGCCGCAAAAUACGGCAUCAGGCUCAACGCUGUGGUGCCCUUUGUCACGCCAACGCAUAUUACCGGUAGCUACAUUGACGCAUGGAACAGAGCAGAACUACCCGCAAACGACGUCGAGGACGUGGCGGCGGCAAUAGCGCAGACGGCGUGCGAUGCGCGGAUGAAGGGCGCAGCGUGUAUGAUUGCGGGAAAGCGCAUGAGGGAGCUCGAGACGUUUUACACGGCGCUGGUGCCGCAGUGGCUGGGGCCUGAAACGACUGAGUUGCUGCAGCAGGCGACCAAGUUCUUCGAGAAACAAGGCGGUUAUCCGUUACCAGCAAAACGGUGAUUGUUAUGUUUGUCUGUCAUAAACGGUGAGAUCGUCCUGCAGGGCUCUGAAGAGGGUAAAGUCGGUCGCCACGGCGGGACUGAGGCUGGCGCAGUAGGAGAGGAGAUGGCUUAUUUCGCGACUCCACACAUACCAGUCGCGCGGAACGACGUUUUGGAGCGCAGGCAGCGGGUGCAUUGCGAAGGCGUGAUAAAGGACCUGUUGGCCGACGAACCUAAGCUAAUGUCAGACGAAUAUGCUGCAUUUUUUAGCAGCUAUCCUCCUUACUGGCAUGAGAAUGCAAACUUCAAGGGCGAAAAGCUUUUCAUAAGUUGGCAAAUGCCUUGUACGGCUGGCCACCACAUGGCUGCCUCGAAGGCGCUUGCACAGGCUUCUAGAUCUCUCUGUGUUGCCGUAC